AUGGCGACGAAGCUGCUGCUGCUGCCGCCGCCACCGCCGGCGGGACAGAAGACAAUAAUGUUGCAACUCUUUUGCCUGGAAGUCCCACACCGCCCUCAGUACAGCGGCGGAAUCAUACUCAACCCAGAACUCAACCGCGGUUCGGCCGGUUGGUCCGGAUUCGGAACCGCCCAAAUCCAACACAGGGUUUCCUCCAAAACUGGCAACCACUUCAUCGUCUCACAUUCAAGAACUCAACCACACCACAGCGCUUCUCAGAAAGUUUACCUGCUGAAAGACCGCCUCUAUGCUUUCUCCGCUUGGUUGCAAGUCAGCCAGGGGAAUGUCGCCGUGACGGCGGGUUUCAAGACCUCCGAUGGGGGUUUCAUCCCCGCCGGAGCAGUGAUCGCCGAGCCUGGUUGCUGGUCCAUGCUCAAAGGCGGCAUCACAGUCAACACCUCCGGCGAGGCGGAGCUCUACUUCCACACCCGGAACUCCACCGCCGAUUUGUGGGUCGAUAGCGUGUCGUUGCAGCCCUUUACACAUCAGGAAUGGCGGUCUCAUCAAGAUCGAAGCAUUGAGCAGACAAGGAAGGAGAAGGUGAGAAUCCAGGUUGUGGAUAAACAGGGGAAUCCCCUGCCCAACGCAAAUGUGACCAUCAACCAGAACGGAUUGAGUUUUCCUUUUGGAUGCGCCAUCAACAAGAACAUUCUCUCAAAUGCUGCCUACAAGAACUGGUUCACAUCGAGAGGGUUUCGAGUCACGACGUUCGAGAACGAGAUGAAGUGGUACACCAACGAGCCCUCGAGGGGCAGAGAGGACUACUCUGCCGCCGACGCCCUGCUCUGGUUCGCCCAGCAGCACAAUGUGGCGGUUCGCGGCCACAACGUGCUGUGGGACGAUCCCAAUUACCAGCAAGGGUGGCUUAAUUCGCUCUCACCGCGGGACUUUGGGACCGCGGUCAGGACGAGGAUCAACUCCGUGGUGUCGAGGUACAAGGGGAAGCUGGUCGCGUGGGAUGUGGUGAACGAGAAUCUGCAUUUCUCCGCGCUGGAGAACAAGCUGGGAAGCUACGCUUCGGCGCUUGCUUACAAUCUGGCUUAUAAAAUCGAUUGGGAGACGCCGCUGUUUAUGAACGAGUACAACACAAUCGAGGAGAGUGGGGAUCCGGCUUCGACGCCGGUGAAGUACCUGCAGAAGCUGAGAGGGAUCAGGAGGUUUUCCAACAACAACUGGAUCAAGUUCGGGAUCGGUCUGGAGUCUCAUUUUGGGGUCCCUAAUCUUGCUUACAUGAGAGCGUCGAUUGAUACUCUGGCUGCUGCCAAUGUGCCCAUUUGGCUCACCGAGGUCGAUGUCAAAUCGAGCCCCGAUCAGGCGAGUUACCUGGAGCAGGUUCUGAGGGAAGGCCACGCUCAUCCCAAGGUGUCCGGAAUGGUGGUGUGGGCGGCGUGGAGUCCGCAAGGCUGCUACAGAAUGUGUUUGACGGAUAACAAUUUCAGGAACCUGCCGACUGGGGAUGUGGUGGACAAGCUGCUGCACGAGUGGGGUGGUGGCCGAGAAGCUUCUGUCGUUGGAGAGACCGACGCGAAUGGCUACUUGGAGGCUUCUCUGUUCCAUGGAGAUUACAACGUAUCGAUUGUUCACCCGAGAUUGGGGAAUUCUGGUUUGGUGCGGAAGGUUGUGUGCCUGAAAGUACCUCUGGAAGCUCAAUAUGGAGGAGGAAUGAUACGGAACUUGGAGGGAUCGUAUGUUAUUGCACACAGUAGUACAGAUUCACUUGAUACUGUUUUCAAGACAGUUCAAUUUGUGGAAGGGAAUCUCUAUGUUUUUUCAGGAUGGGUCCGAGUUACUGGCGAGAGUCGAGAAGUAGGCGUUGUUUUCAAGACAAAUCGCGGAGAGCUGAUUCGAGGUGGUAGAGUUACCGCAAAGGCAGGAUGUUGGUCUUUCAUGAAAGGUGGCAUCUUAGCAAACUUUUCAGGCCCUGCUGAGAUUCACUUUGAGAGCAAGAAUACAAGUGCUGAAAUAUGGAUUGAAAAUGUCUCAUUGCACCCUUUCACAAUGAGCGAAUGGAGAUCUCAUCAGGACAGAAGAGUUGCAACGGAAAGAAAGAGCAAGGUGAGAUUUCAGGUAAAGUACACGAAUGGAACUUCAUUGAGAGGUGCUAAGGUGACACUCAACCAGAUCAGUCCAGAAUUCCCAUUUGGAUGUGGGAUGAACUAUCGCAUCCUGAGCAGCACAGGCUAUCAGGAAUGGUUCGCUUCGAGGUUCAAGUACACGACAUUCACCAACGAGAUGAAAUGGUACAGCACCGAGAAGAGGCAAGGCCAAGAGAACUACACAACAGCAGAUGCCAUGAUGAAGUUUGCCAAAGAGAAGGGGAUUUCCGUACGAGGGCACAAUAUCUUCUGGGAUGACCCCAAGUAUCAACCUGGUUGGGUUAGGGACCUUAGCUCGGAGGAACUGGCAGAAGCAGCAGCAAAGAGAAUUGACUCGGUGGUUUCCAGAUACGCAGGAGUGCAGCUGAUUGCUUGGGAUGUAGUGAAUGAGAACUUACACUUCAGCUUCUUCGAGGACAGACUUGGCAGAAAUGCUUCUGCUGAGUAUUUCUUAAGAGCUCACCAGCUUGAUCCGAAUGUGAGAUUGUUCAUGAAUGAAUACAACACCAUUGAGUACAGUGGCGACGAGGAUGCUGAUCCAGUAAACUACAGGAAUACAUUUGAGGAGAUUCUGUCAUACCCUGGGAACCAAGAGAUAAAGGCCGGAAUAGGUGUUCAGGGACACUUUUCUUACAAGCAGCCUAACCUUGCUUACAUGAGAAGUUCCUUAGACAUUCUAGCUUCAACAGGAAUUCCAAUAUGGCUUACUGAAGUCAGCAUUGGGCCAGGGCCAAAUCAGGCAGAAUACUUGGAACAGGUGCUGAGGGAAGCCUACUCUCAUCCUGGGGUGGAAGGGAUUAUCAUGUUUGCAGGACCAGAAGCAGGCGGUUUCAACGAGACAACCUUAGCAGACAAGGAUUUCAACAACACUGCUGCUGGAGAUGUGGUGGAUAAGCUGAUUCAUGAGUGGGAAACCAAACCUGCAACUUUUGAAUCGGAUGAGAAAGGGUUCUUUGAAGCUUUACUGUUCCAUGGAGACUACAACAUAAGUGUUGAAUAUCCAGACGAAACCACCGAUCCAUCGUCAGCUUUCUUGCAUUACAAGUGUAUGGCUGUUCCUGCUAGGCCUCUCUAUGGAGGAGGAAUCUUUAGUAACAGCAUGAACUGGACAUCUAGAACGAGGCAGAAUGUUCAUCUGGAGGAAGGAAACCUUUACGCAUUCUCUGCUUGGGUUCAGACGAGCAAAGGAAGUGGGAUCGUUGUGGAUGCUGUCGUCAGGACUUCAAGGGGCGAACUCCACAAUAUCGGCAAAGCCAUUGCUAGCAAUGGGUGCUGGUCUAUGCUCAAAGGUGGCUUGUCUCCAAACUCGUCAGGCCUUGCAGAGGUUUCGUUUCAGAGCAAGGAUCCAACAGCUGAAGUAUGGGUUGAGAAUGUCGCCCUGCAACAAUUCACCAUGAAGCAAUGGAGAUCGCACCAGGACCACAUCAUCGAAAAGAUCAGAAAGAGCAAGGUGAGAUUCCGCAUACUGGACCGCAAUGGGAACGCACCUGUGCCGAAAGCGUCCAUAACCAUCAAGCAAACAACCCCAAGCUUCCCAUUCGGAUGCGGGAUGAACCUCCACAUCCUCUCCUCCAAACCCUACCGCCACUGGUUCGCCUCGCGAUUCAAGCACACGACAUUCACAAACGCCAUGAAAUGGUACAGCACAGAAUUAGUCAGGGGACAGGAGAACUACACCACGCCGGACGCCAUGCUUCGAUUCUGCAAGAAACACAACAUCUCCAUCAGGGGCCACAACGUGUUCUGGGACAACCCCAAAUGCCAGCCCCAGUGGGUGAAGAACCUGACGGGGGAGGAACUCCGAGCAGCCGCGGCGGAGAGGAUGAAUUCGGUGGUGUCGAGGUACAGAGGGGAGCUGAUCGCUUGGGACGUGGUGAACGAGAAUCUGCACUUCAGCUUCUUCGAGGAUCGGCUGGGGAAGAAUGCUUCGGCGGAGUUCUUCGGGAGGGCGCAUGAGAUCGAUCGGAAUGUGAGGCUGUUCAUGAACGAGUACAAUACGGUGGAGAACAACGGCGACGACACUGCGCAUCCGGUGAAUUAUCUGCGGCGGUUUGCGGAGAUUCUGGCGUUUCCGGGGAAUGAAGGGAUACCGGCGGGGAUCGGGUUGCAGAGUAGCAGUUUUGGGCAUGGGAAGCCGGAUCUGGCCUACAUGAGGGCCGCUUUGGACCUUUAUGGAUCCAUGGGUUUGCCACUGUGGCUUACUGAAGUUUCCGUGGACCAAGGCCCAUAUCAGGGAGAGUACUUGGAGCAGAUUCUGAGGGAAGGUUACUCCCAUCCGGCGGUGGAAGGGAUCAUCAUGUUCGGCGGACCAGAAGAAGCUGGUUACAAAGAGCUGACCUUAGCAGACUACGAGUUCAGCAACACUGAAGCUGGGGAUGUGGUGGAUCGGCUGCUCGGAGAGUGGAAAUCUCCAAUCACUGAAGCUGAAGCAGAUGAGGAAGGGUUUUGUGAAGCUUCUCUGUUUCACGGAGAUUACGAGAUAGCUGUGAGGAAGGCGGGAGCGAAUUCAGUCACCAGUUUGAUCAGUUACAAGCUGUCAUCUGCUCAUCCAGGAGAGACUGCUGUCCAUCUUCGUGUUGGUGAUUGAUAUCAUCCAAGUUACAGCAAUUCAUGUGUUAAUUAAGUUUAUGAUAUAUGCAUAAAAAAAGUGGUAAUAGUGCCUCUGCUCAAACCGUAUUAUUAUUUUCACAAAUUAUCAGAAGAUGAUAUCCAAGUUAUGGAAAUGCCAUGCUUGUUUAUAAAUUCGUCAUUGCAUGUAUAUGAGGUAUGACUAUUUAGUAAGUACUCAAAUGAAUCGCACUUGUUUUGAAGACUUCAUAGACACUAUCC